ACACAAGAGUGUAAGAUCACCUAUUCGUGUUACGCUCUCUUCUUCUCUUCUCUUUGCUUUCUGUUCGAAACUAGGGUUUCUUCUUUCGCUUACGCGUUUUUCUUCCCUUACUAAUCUCUCUCGAGAUCUAGCUCCACUUUUUUCUAGGGUUUGUAAAAGCAAUGGCGAUCAAAAGGGUGCAACGUUGCUGCGACAAACCAUUCAUGAAAUUCGUCAAGUUCCUAGGCAAAGGCUCAUACGGCUCCGUCGAUCUCUACCGCCACACGAAACCCGACGGCUCAACCUCCUUCACCGCCGCCAAGGUCUCCUCCGACCGUCGGACCAUCGAGAGAGAGUUUCGAGUUCUCUCCCAGCUCAAAGGAUCUCCACGGAUCGUCCGAGUGUUCAGCCCUUCUCUCCACGAAGGAUUCGACAACUCUCUCGGAAGCAGAGUCUACGAGAUGCCUAUGGAGUACGCCUCCGCAGGUAAUCUUUCCACUUUCAUCCGCGCUAACAAACGGUUGAACGAUUCGACCGUCAGAGACUUCACUCGGAUGAUACUUGAAGGUUUGGUCUCGGUUCAUAGUCUCGGUUACGUCCACUGCGAUCUUAAACCGGAUAAUCUCCUUCUUUUCCCGGUUUACGAUCAGCAAACGUGGACUUACGUUUACGACCUAAAGAUUGCGGAUUUUGGAUUGGCGUUGAAGGAAGGGGAGGAAGUAUCUGAUAACUGGAGUUACCAUUCUCCCUUUGUGGGGACUCCUAUGUACAUGUCUCCCGAGUCUGUCGAACACGGUACCGUCGGGAAAGCCCUAGAUCUGUGGUCCUUGGGUUGCGUUGUUCUCGAGAUGUUCACCGGUAAGCGGCCGUGGUCAGAGUUUAGGAGUCUUUACGAUCUUGAGGAUGUUUUGGUCGAGGACAAGAAGGUGCCUGAGAUUCCAGACACUGUGCCGUCUGAUGCAAGGCAGUUUCUGGACAAGUGUUUUGCGUUGACACCUGAAGAUAGAGGAACCGCUUCGGAGUUGUUGUUGCAUCCGUUUCUGGCCGGAGAUGAUAAGAAGACUGUUGAUGAGACCAUCAUGAAACCUCAGGCUGAAUUGGCAGAUAGUGUUACUACUACAAAGAAGGCACUGAGAUUGAAGAUUGUUUCAUCGAAGCUCCCACUGUUUAAGAGAGUAUCUAAUAAACCUCUAAAGCUGAAGAUUCUUCCUCCAGUUUCCACUUUUGUUCCCGUUCAGUAGAGUUUACUGGAAAAGCUUUAGUAGUUACCACUGUAACAAAUGUUGAUUCUUUUAUUUGCAAUCUCUAUUUGUAUGAAAGUUAAAUUGAUAAUCAGUAUAAUUCCACUUUUUUUA